CGUAACCAGACGAUAUUGAGCAAAUGACGCAAUCAAUCAAAAAUCUCGCUUACGGUACAUGUUAGGUUCGUACGGAGUAGCGAGAAAAGUCCGAUCAAAUGCUGAUUAAUCGUCUGCCGUCGAAUGCGGAGAUAGCAGAAACGGAAAGGAAAAUUCUACAAUUAAUUUUAUCUAAUUUAUUAAGUAUAUACGUUACGGUAUAUCGUUAGUUAACUUAAGAACGAAUAGUAUUAAUUAUAAUCCGUAAGUUCGGUACUGUUAUCCCGUUGUUAAGCAUUCGGCCGUGUUGUUAUUCAACAUGGCGAAGAGGACCUACGAUUUGCUUUUCAAAUUACUCCUGAUCGGUGAUUCGGGCGUGGGAAAGACUUGUAUAUUGUUCAGGUUUUCGGACGACGCUUUCAAUACGACUUUUAUAUCGACGAUAGGUAUUGAUUUCAAGAUUAAGACAAUAGAAUUAAAAGGGAAGAAGAUUAAAUUACAAAUAUGGGAUACAGCAGGCCAAGAGAGAUUUCAUACAAUUACUACUUCAUAUUAUCGCGGUGCUAUGGGCAUUAUGUUAGUGUACGACAUUACUAAUCCAAAGAGUUUCGACAACAUCGCAAAAUGGUUAAGGAAUAUCGACGAUCAUGCCACCGAAGAUGUCGAGAAGAUGAUUCUCGGUAACAAAUGUGAUAUGGAAGACAAAAGAAUGAUCAGCAAAGAAAGAGGAGAAUCGAUUGCACGAGACCACGACGUAACCUUCUUAGAAACAAGUGCAAAAGCAAAUAUCAAUAUCGAAGAAGCCUUUUUUCAUUUAGCAGAAGCUAUCUUAAAUAAGGUGCAAAUGGCAUUGAAGGAUCAAACAGAAUCAUCUGACAAACUGCGCAUUGCUACACAAGAUAAAAAUACGGGGAAAUGCUGUUAGGGAAGAAAGAACAAACAAGCAAUGCAAUAUUCAAGAAAAUUAGGACCAGGUGCUUGCAGUUUAUUGCCUCUGUUCAAACCUUUGGUUUAAAAGGACUUUAAUAUAAAAAUAUAUAUAUAUAUUAUAUAUAUAUUAAACAUAUAUAUAUUCUGUUGCCUUUUUUGGAAUCAUCUAGCCAGUUUCUUGUCUGUGAUGUUUCCUAUCUUUAGAUGGAUCAUCAGGUUAAAAAAAAAUUGUUUUGUUUUCAAAGUCCACAACGGCCAAAUACCUGGAUAUAAAUGCUUUAAUGCACUUAGGUAAGGUAAAUUUUUUAAGAGUACCUAAUGAGAUUAAUUGAACACGAGUCGAAACCGAACCUUACGCGGACGAAGGGCGGCGCGGGAGGAUCUUUUUAUUAUUCGUUUGUUUGUUUUUACUAUAUCGCCAACGUAAUUUUGUGAAGGGGGACAUUUAAAGGAACGUAAUAGGUGAACUCGUUUCUGUAAAUAGUUAAUCUGUUUAUUGUAGUUCCUAAUGAGACAAAAAAAAAUGUUUGACAUGUAUUAACCAAUGGCUUCAAGCAUGUGUUCUUGUUUAAUGACAAUUUUUGGAAAAAAUACACAAAAAAAAAAUAAUGCUGUGCUAGAACUGACCAAGAUAUAUUUUGUACACUUUGUGUCGUGUGAAUUGCAUCACUUAAUUCACUAAAAUGUCAUUGUUAAAGGGGGGAAAUGAAUUCACAGUUUUGUUAAAACAGUUCUAAGAUGCAGUUAAAUCAAAAUGUAUAUUAUUUAUAUCACCAUCCAAAUUAAAAAAAAAAAAAGAAGAGCAUUUGUAAAAGUUUUGGUGAGUUAAUUUGUUGCUUAAUUGACAAAAUAUGCCUUUUUCAAAGUAGUUCCAUUGUUCUUUUUUGCUAAGAUCAUGACAUUUGUAUGAAGUUGACAAAGAAGUUUAUUAAUCUUGUUAUUUUUUAAAAGAAAUAUUGUAUUAUCUAAUUAUAUAUAUAUGCAAAACUUGAAUGUGCUCAUUUUAAAGUUUGUUUUAUGCCGGUUAUUAUUAUUAUUAUAUUAUUAUUAUUAUUACGCAGUGUAUGCUCAAUUCAUUUUAAUUUAUUGAUGUUCCUUUUCUUAGAUAUUUUUUAAUUUGUGGCACAAAAAUCUUGUUAAGCGGAACAUUAAUCGAAACAAAUCGCAUCCUCAAAGGAUUAGUAUUUGUAAAAAAUAAACAAAAAGCUUCGGUCCGAAGCAUUUUUAAACAUAUUCACGCAGUGCAUCACCGUAUGAUUUUCGAAGAGAACCCAACUCGCCGGUGGGAAUUUAACAAAAUUAUUCUUCCGCUUUAGAGGAGAAUGGGGAAACCGUCGUUUGGAUGCGGGGACGAGAGCAGCCGGUCUCCGGCCAUCCCAGGUACUGUACCAUCCAUUUGCCCGUAAAAAAAAAACACAUUGUGAACAGUUUUAAAAAAAACAAAGCUUCAAACUUGUGGUCACUGUAUAUUUAAAUAUAUUUAUAAAUCAGUAACUGUGCUAUACGUGUGACAUUGUUUCUCUGCGUGAUUAUCCACAAGUAGUAUAUCUCUCUCUAUAUCUCUCUAUUUCUCUUGUAUAUGCAAACCCCCCCGAAGGAAACAUUAAUCAAAUUGAAAUAUCGAUUUUUAAGUAGGUCAAAACAAAGUUCUCUGGAAGACUGUACGAUGCUAACCCAAAGGCUGUAAUUGAAGAUAAAAUCGAAGUCUGUCGUGAAACUAGUGCUUUGUAAUUAUAAGUGAUUUUUUGGAGGUUAAUUUGAAGAAAUAAAAUUUCGGCUCAUCAUCA